GGAGGUCCAGGGCCCAAGGCUGUGGUAAUCUCCGUGAGUCAACCAAGCAGAAUGCACGCUUCUGCCUCCCAGGAUAAGAACCUGAGGAAGCCAAGUCAUAAUGAAGGGGCUCACGAUCCUGACUAUGAGAAUGUAACCUUGGCCUUCAGGAACAAGGACCAGCUCAAACUCAGCCAAUCAACACCCACAAAACAAGCCAAGUUCAAGCCAUCGCUGGACACAGCCCAGGCCCCCGCUUGGCUGUACAGAACCAUUAUGAUGCUGUAUGUCCUCCUCGCUUUCGUCUUCUUAUCCUGCAUUAUCCUCUCUGCAUUGGUCCUGGUGAGAAAUUCUGAAAUGUCCAAGGAUGUGUGGACCUUGAAAGAAGAGCUUUCAAAUGUUUCAAACACGGUGUGGAAUAUCUGGGAGCUCCAGAGGCAGCAAAAGAGUAUUUGGGAAGCUGUCCAGAGAGACAUCAGGGAGGUCAAGAAGAACCUUGGUACGGCCAUGAGUAACAUCCAGAGUGGGAACGACAGGCUGAGGACAGUGCCAGCAGAUAUAACUCAAAUCAAGAAAACCCUUGAAGCGCUAGAGAAGAAGGCACAGACUCCGCCUCAGCCCAGUAAAUAAGAGGACACCACAGCCACGCCCGUGAGGACUCCGAAUUGCACCUGCUAGAGAAGAUGGCAAAUGGGGGUACCUAGCUUGAGUGUGAACCUGCCAUGCAUCCUUAUAUAAAAAAAAUUCUCCAUCUAGGAGAGUAAGUGUUGGAGAGGUAUAUAUGCAAGUGAGCAUUUGGAGUUUCCAUGUAUUCAAGGAGAAGGUUUCAUGGCGGAAAGAGAACAUGGAGGUCACAGCAGGUGUUACUCUUUAUGGGCCACAUAGGUGUAUGCCCUGGCCUAUAUGACUAGAGGCGUGUCCAGGUUGGUAGCUGUUCCUAGGAAACCCCCAAAGUGUAAGUGACAAUGUGGGACACGCCUCCCCCAUUAUCUUGGUCAUGUGUGUGUGCAUCUGGCUGCUUUGUAUGUGUGUCACUGCGGUGGUGGGUAAGGGACAACAUCCUAGGGAUGUAUCAUGGCAUGGGCCAUUCAUAGUGUGCUUGACCAUGUCAGCUUGUAUGUUCAGAGCAUGUGCACAGAUGCAGCCAUCGAUUUCUGCACUGCUAUUUAUGAUUCAUGAAGAGAAAUGCCAAGGGAAAUGAUAGGACUCUGGAGCUGUUUUUGGGGAUGUCCGUGGGACAGAAGUUUGGGAUCUGGUGAGGAGAUUGGAUUUAGGGCUUUGGUUUGGCGAUGAAACAAAACACCCAGUGCUGGAAGCCAGGUGUGGUGCAGCUGGGCUAUAAUUCCAUCAUCUGAGAAGCUGAUUGAGACAGGAGGUUCGUGAGUUCAAGGCCAGCUCUGGCUACAGAAGGGGAGCUGGGGCCGGGUAGUGGGAUGGCUCCGCAUGUAAAAGGCAUGGUGGCAGAACCUGAUCUGAGUUUCAUCCCUCGGAUCUACACAGUGGGAGAAGAGAACCACCUCUGAGCCCCACCUCCAUCCCAAGGCAUAGGAAAGACACAAUACUAAAAUAAUAAUAAAAUAUACCCAAAGGAAUCUAUAGCCUACUAAUGGGACAUGUUGUAAAAAAUAUUUAAUAAAAAUUUCCACCGCA